AUGCAGGCACCGCUAAGCUUUCUGAUGAGAAUCUACUCUUUCUCUAUCUUUCUCCAUCGACACGGGGCUGUGUUUCAACAACAAUCUCGAAGAGGACUGGCACCAGUUUUGGAGGACAACGUAGGAACCGGACCGCAUUCAACAUUCUGCCUUUGUCGAAUGGACGACGUAUCUGGUCAAAUUCAUUCCAUCGAUGCGUGUCAGAUGAUGGUCGGUGCAAUGGAGGUAAAAAAUGGAAACUUGAAAUUCUGGCAUCCUCUCAAUGCAUCUCAAAAAAUACGACCCGAACAAGAACUUGUUAGAUUCAUCUGGUCCCGAAAUCAUGAUGUCAAAGGUCGAAGGGUUAAAGGUCAACGUCGUUUCCUGGCUUAUGUCUGGGUUGGGCUGGCUGUUAAGCAAAACAAACUACCAUCAGCGGUCUUGUUUUUCUUGUUUUUCGUGCAGAUUUCGCCUGUCUGGUGCAUUUUAAGAAAAGAUUUUACGAUCAUCAAAGAAGGAAUUAGGCGAGGUUGA